GCUCCGCACCCCCGCGAACCCCUCGCCGCCGCUCGCGCGCCUCCGGUACUAAGGACACGCGCGCAAUGGCGCCUCCGUCCGUGCUGCAGCUCCCCGUCGUCCCCCUCUCGCUCACCCUCCCCUUCGCUCGCGAUGGGGUCCGCGGCGUCGACCGACAGGGCCGAGCGGCGGAGGCGGGACCGGGCGCCGGGGCACAGCGGGGCCCCCGACCCCCUGGCGGCGCUUCCCCAGGAUCCUUCGGUGCGAGCGUCGGCAUCGGAGGUGGAUGUGAGCAGAAACGGGCGUAAGGUGGCGCCAGAGCCCAAGGAUGAGGAAGACACGGAGCCGCUGCCGGGAUCUCCCAGCUUCCGGAUCUACUGCCAGAAGGCGGCCCGGGUCGACGCUCUGGUGGCCGAGGCCGCCGAUGAAAACGCGGACGGCGACCUCGGCGCCGAUGAAAACGCGGAUGGAGACCACGGCGACGAAUUCGCCAGUGCUACCACGGAUACGACUCUGGCGGUCAGGAAGAACGACCCUCCACAAUGCUCCGGCGAGUUGCCCAAAUGCAAGGAUGGGUGGCUGAAGGUCAGAGGCCAGACGGUCGUCGGCGCGCUGCACAGCUUUAUCGUCUGUCACAGCAAGAGAAUUUCAGCUCCUCCUCCUCCUCAUCCUCCUGCUGCGAAAACUCCCCGCCGUCCCGGUGCCGCUCCACCAGCUGCUGUUGCUGCAGAGCCCUAUCUCUGACCAGACAAUGCUUGCGUUCUUCACAGUUUAUGUGUAAUGUGGAUGAUUCAGUCACCUCCGAUGAUGCUUUGCGACGUUAA